CCCGCGCCCGCCGCCCGGCCCGGCUGAGGGAGCCCGCGCCCCGCGCCCGCCCGACCCUCCGCCCGCCCCGCGAGUCGGGCACCUGUGCCAGGAGCCCUUUUGAAUCAACUGAGAAGGGACCUGCAGAGCACGCGCCAUGAGCAUCUCAGCUCUCGGAGGCAGUACCAAAGGGAAGUCUCUCCCAGCGGGCGAGGAGGAACGCAGUAACGUCCUCAAGCAGAUGAAGGUGCGAACCACUCUGAAGGGGGACAAGAGCUGGAUCACUAAGCAGGAUGAAUCGGAGGGCCAUACCCUAGAGCUACCCUCUGGCCGGAGUCGUGCCACAUCCUUUUCCUCAGCUGGGGAGGUCAUGAAGACCAGGUCUACAAGCACAAGGGCUCCCACUGGCUACAUCAUCCGGGGAGUGUUCACCAAGCCCAUAGACAGCUCAUCCCAACCCCAGCAGCACUUUCCUAAGGCCAACGGAGCUCCGAAAAGCACGGCCAGUCUGGUGAGAGCAGCUCCCGCUGGGCUUCUCCGCUCCCCUUCCUCUGGCUACAAGAUGACCACCGAGGAUUACAAGAAGCUGGCACCCUACAACGUCAGGCGAAGCUCAUCGUCAGGGGCUGCUGAAGAGGAGGAUGUGCCCUUCUCUUCCGAUGAGCAGAAACGGAGGUCAGAAGCUGCAAGCAGUGUGGUGAGGAAGACAGCUCCCCGGGAGCGCUCCUACGUCCUGUCAGCAGCCAAGAAGAGCACCAGCAGCCCUGCCCAGGAGACACAAGCCCCGUUCAUAGCAAAGAGGGUGGAGGUGGUGGAUGAGGACGAUUCUUCUGAGAAGAACCAGGACCCACCUGCUCUGGCAAGAUCCCCUCCUGGCUCUAGCAGUGCGGAUGGAGGCCGAGCCAAAGUGUCUCGGGCGAUUUGGAUUGAGUGCAUGCCGAGUCUGCAGAGCCCUGCCGGGAGCCGGGAGCCCAGCACAAGAGGUGAGGAGAUUGUUCGCCUGCAGAUCAUGACACCCGGGGCGGGACUCCGCCUGAUGGCCCCAGACCUGGAAGGAAUGAGGUCUUCCCUGGACUCUAAAGAUAAGGAAGUCCCCAGUCCCAGAGAGCCCAAAAGAGACUUGGCUGGUGAGGAGCCUUUCAAGGGCCCCAGUCCAGACUCUGAAAGGUCAAGUGCACAGUCAAGGGAUGGCAACGUGGGAUACAGAGCCAUUGGCUCCCCAUCUGAAGGCUUGGCCGGAGCAGACCUCAGCUCUGGGAGAGGAAGGGUGUGCUCAGCUGCUGGCUCCGUCCCUCUUCUGGAGGAUCAGGGUGUGUACAGUGCCAACUCUCAGCCUCGCAAAACUGGACCAGAAGCCACCAGCGCCAGUGCCACUUUGGGCUCUGCUGUCCCAGCUGACAAGAAGAGUGACAGCUCAGCAGACCUAGAGAAGAUGGAGGCAAACUCAAAGGGAGCCUUGGCUGGUUUUGAGGAGAAGAAUGUGGUCACCAAGCUGGGAGAGACCUGGCAGGACAGGCCUGGCGUCCCCAGAGGUGGCCAGGGAGAUCCAGCUGCAUCCAGCCAGCAGCCUGCAGACCCCAGCAGCCCAGAGUGGCAGAGCAGCCCCAGAAGACCCAAGCAGCUCGUGGAACUGGAGAGCCAGGCCAGCAGGGUGAGAAACCCCUCUAGCUGUAUGGUCACGGUUACGGUCACUGCUGCCGCCGAGCAGCCUCACAUUUACAUCCCAGCCUCCCCAAGUGAAUUGGACUCCAGCUCAAACAGCAAAGGGAUUCUGUUCCUGAAAGAGUACAUGAAUGCCAGUGAAGUAUCUUCCGGGAAGCUGGUGUCUUCACGCUACAGCAGCAUCAGCAGCACUGAGGACUCAUUUGACAUAGAGAAGAAACCCCCAUAUGAUAGCAUGCCGUACUCCGAGAGAACAACUGGAGGGAUCUGUACUUACUGCAACCGAGAGAUCCGAGACUGUCCAAAGAUUAUCCUUGAACACCUUGGCAUCUGUUGCCAUGACUAUUGCUUUAAGUGUGGGAUUUGCAGUAAACCAAUGGGUGAGCUCCUGGAUCAGAUCUUCAUUCACCGCAACACUAUCCACUGUGGGAAAUGCUAUGAGAAGCUCUUCUAGCUCCCUGGGGCUGAGAAGAAGCUGAUGACUCCUGGACAAGUUUGGCCGUCCCCAGUUCUCCUGAGUUGCUGGCUCCUCUUCCCUCACUUCUUCUCCAUUUGAUUUCUUCAUGCUUUUGCUCUUGUCAAGUUGAACUUGCUUACAUCUAGUAGUGUAUCUUAAUGAUGCUAUGAUAAUUAUUUGUGUGUGUAGCCUUUUAUAGCUCAGAAAGCACUUCACAUCCAUCAUCUUAUUUCAGGCUCAAGCAAAGAGGAUUGACCAAGAAUUCCAUCUUUGCUUCCCUAAGGCAUGUCAGCUUCCUGACGAGUUUAGGUGGCCUGAUAUGAUAAGCAUAGGCAGGAGCAUUGGAUUCAGUGUGUCCUGACUUCGGACAGAGAGCAAAUCACAUUUUGGUUCGUAACUCUGAGUGUACCUUUGGGACUUGAGAGUAGAAGGAGACCCCUGAAGACUGUUGACGAUCCCUGGUGGGUAAAUUGCAGACAUUGAAUGCUAGGGAUUGGCAUAGGCCAAUGUUUUUAGCUUGUCUAUUUGUCAUAUAUACAUUUUUAAACUUUCCAUGUACUUUUAAAAGUAGUUAGUUGCUUUUGAUUGAGUUAUAUAGCAGAUUUUAAUGACCUCCUUCUACCCACCUUUCACUGUAGUUGAGGUUUUUUUUUUCCUGCAGGCAUGGGGGCAUGUAUUAGAAAGUUUACACAAUUAGGUUUAAAUUCUAUAGGAUGUGAUUCUUGGAGGCAACUGACCAAAGGGACAUCUAUGUCUGAUAGCUGAUUAAUACCUUUGCCCUCAAUUCCUAAUCCCUAAGCUUUACACAGAAAUCUCCUAAAGUAGAUUUUAGAGUAUAUACACUCCAGCAGGAUUAAGAAGGGAGAAAAGCAGCUAACAUUUCUUUGAGACCUUACUACAUACCAGACAUUAUCACAAAGUGAUGGCAUUAAUCCCCAUAUGAAUUUUGUGCAGAGGGUAUUCUUGUCCCCAGUUUACAGAUGAGGAUAUUGAGGCUUAGAGAGGUGGUCAUUGCAUCAUGCAGAACCAUUGCUGUCUCUCACCAGUAACAGUAACCACAAUAACCAGUGCUGAGUAUGUGUCAAGCACUGUGCCAAGGUUAUCUGAUCCUACCAGUUAGCAACCCCCCCCAGGUGUCCCCUGUCGCACACUUUAACAAAUAGGGGAAUGUGUGAAAUCACACUCCUCUAUGAAGUACCUGGGCCCCCCUGUGAAGUACCACAAAGG